AUGCUGCAGUACAAUGAGACCGGCGGUGGCGUACUUGUCCAUCACGCUGGCUCCUUUUCUCGCAACAGUUCCGGUGGUACUGUAAUCACUAGGCAAGGAUUCCUCAAAGGCGAAGGAAUAUUCCCAACCGUUAAUGUGAAUAGGAAAAAUGGUAAGGGACCACACUUCUACUCCUGGGCUUUAAAAUUAAAGAACUAAGA